AUGAAACCCAUUGUAUCCUGUGAUAAAUGCCUAGGAGACAAGGUUCAAUGUCGGUUCAAGCCCACACAGUAUGACCGGUGUCAGGGAUGCACUGCCCUGGGGAUUGAGUGCAGUUGGACCCACGUUCCAAAACCUGAACUAACUCCAGAUACAUCCUACAUAAAAUAUCUGGAAUCAAAAGUGAAGGACAUAGAGAAGUAUCUUAAGCGGAACCGCCCAGAUAUCAAGACCAAAAAAGACAUUGAUUGUUUACUCGAAGAUGAGGGAGACACAACCUUUGCGCUCCUCGACAGCACCUCUGACAUCCAUACUGGCCAAACAUCUUCUGGGAUUGAUCUUACGGAGAGUCCCACAUUAUCUCAAUUUAUCCGACGAUCGCGUAUGGCCGAGUUUGGCUCCAAAGCAACUGCUGAUGAUGAAAACACCAUGUGGGAGGCUACAUCGGCCAAUUUUCGCAACUCUCGGUACUACGGUCAUUCUAGCACUUGCAUUCUAUCUCGUGAUGCCAUGAUUAUCCGUUACGACUGUCAAAAUGGCCAAAUUCCGUCAAGUAUAUCUGGUGGCGGCUACAUACGGCCUGAAUUUUGGAACACUUCCAGCGUUGAAAUGAGGCUACUUCAGCAACACGCUCAUGACAUUUGGGAAGCUGAAAAAAUGUUGCUGAAUCUUCCGUCGGAUGACCUGAUGCCUAUUCUCCUGGACGCUUACUUUCGCAACACAUUCUUUCCUGUGAUCCACCGACAGCUUUUCGAGAAACAACUUAGAGAGGGUUUACACAAGCAAGAAAAAUCAUUUCUUCGUCUGGUUCUACUUGUCUGUGCCAACGGUGCAAGGUGGUGCAAGGAUCCCAGGGUGUUGGACGAGAGCUGUCCUGUAUCACGUAGUGCUGGACAUCGAUGGUUCCGACAGUUUGAGAUGUGGCACAGAAAUUUAGUCAUAACCAAUGAAUUAUCCCUAUGGGACGCACAAAUUCUUGUAGUAUCGACUUAUGGUGCGUGGGUUACAGUGGGCGCCGCACUUCGAAUGAUGCAGCAUGUUGGCUCUCAUCGCAAAAAGUUCAAACAAACCUUGGAGAGUGAAUUGCACAAGAGAUGCUUUUGGUCGAUGUUAAUGCUUGAUCGCCUUCAUAGCUUUCACUUUGGGAGAAAUGGAGCAAUAUCAGAUUCCGACUUCGACAUAGACGAGGUGUUAGAAGUCGAUGAUGAAUUAUGGCCAUUGGAUCCUGAUGCUCUACCCCCGGUUCAACCCUCAAACGUUACACCAAAACUCCAAGUGUUCAACCAAUCGAUUGCGCUGAUGAGGAUUGCUGGUCGAUGUCUUCAAACCAUAUAUGCACUUGACCAGACAAAACGUCUGCUUGGAAUAGAUCGACCUGAGGGCUUGUUAUGGGUGGUCAAUGAUAUCAAUUCCCAGUUACUCAACUGGGCUCAUGGGAUGCCGGUGCAUCUACAACUUCCCGACCAACCUUUGCCCAACGGAGAGUCACUGUUCUCGGGAUUCAUUAACAUGUGGGCUUACUACUACGAAUUAGUCAUUUCGAUUAACCGCCCGUUUAUUUCGAAAACUUCUGAGCUCUCUGUCGCAUGUAUAGCAAUAUGCCGUGAAGCAGCAAAGGGAUUUUCAAAAAUGGCUCGCACUCACUGCCGACUCCCCGAAUCGCGUUCCAAGUUUAUUCCUGGGUUGUGUUAUCCUGCCUUUUCUAGCGCAAUGGUCCUCGCUAUCGAUUUGAUGUCUCAAAGCUCCCCGAAGGGUCCGAACCUUGAUUACACGGAGUUUGGACUAGAUAUACUUGAGGACACGUACACUGUGGAGCAAAAGGAGUGGGACAUGAUGACAUGCAUCGAGUACUGGAAGAUGGGGAAGCGUACUUCCAAAUAG